AUGAUAAAAAAUUUGAGUUUAACUUUUAAUUCUUUAGAAAUGGAAUAUGCUUAUCGUGAAUGGUCAUUUAAUAAUAACCAUCAUCGCUUUCAAAUAUUUUUUAGUUUUAUAGGAGGAUAUUUAAUUGUGAUGAUCAUUAAAUUUAAUAGCACAAAUACAUUGCUCCCUUUAAUUAUUUCAUGUAUAAGUUUGUUUCUAGAACUUACUCUUCUAUUCUUCAUUAGAAAGUAUAAAGAAAAGGUUGAGAUAAUAAUGACAAUGAAUCAAAUACUAUUAUCUGUGAUUUGUGAGUUUUAUCGAAUAUUUGCGCAGAAAACAAAUCUCUGGUAUUUAGGUUAUAGCCUUGCUUCUAUGAAAUUAAGUAAAUAUUUUUUAUUUUAUUUUAGUAAUUUUUGCUAGAGGCAAUAAGUUUAUUGUAUAAUCAGGUGUAUAGGUGAUGUGUCAAUGUUGCUCAUUUAUUUUUAUGGAAGAAGAAGAUGUUUACUAAUUAGUAGCUCAUAAUCUAUUAACUUUUCUAUUGGUUAUGUUUAGAUAUUAACUUGAAUUAAUAAAUCGAAAAUAUUUUAUUGCCAGUCAAUCCUAAUCUUAAUAUGAAAAUUUAAUAUAAGAUUUGCUUCCUUCUUGGGUUGUUAUAGUGAAAUAUGAUAAAAUGCAAGGGUAAUUAAGUUUAGACAAAAUCAAUAAAAAUAUGUAAAAUAAAUUUAACAUUAUGGAUGAUAAAUGUUUUAGAGAAUUCUUAAGAAAUUUAAAAGUAUUACCAUAUGAAUUUGAAAGAUAGAAUUUAUAAUUUAUUAAACUUGAACAUACACUAAUUCGAUAACUUUAAACAAAUAAAGAUGAUUAGACUGUUGAAAGAUAUCAUGCAUUUAUGGAUAAAAAGGAUAGUAAAAUUAAAUAAUAAAAAUUUAAAAUUACAUAGGUUUUUUUUAAAACUUUUGAACCUUCAAUUAUACUCCUAUUUGAAGAAAUUAAAGAGGAUAAAUACGAUUAAUUAUUGUAUUAAGUUUAAUAAAGAGAUUAUACAUCUUGUACUAAUGCAAGAAUAUCACUUACAAUUUUAACAAAAUAAAUUUAAUUAUUAAAAUAUUUAAAAUCUUUGAUUCCUUAGUGGUUUAAUGGAAAAUAAUCAUAAUUUAUAAAUUCACUUACAUCUAGCAUAAUGAAUUAAAUUUAAUAUGGUUAUAUUAUGUUUAAUUUAAAUUUUGAUGUUUUAAAUCUCUUUAAAAUAUCUCAUACAUAACUCAAAUUUGAAAUUAAUUAAAUCUAACCUACUAAUUUUAUGGAAUAAUUAUGUGAAGAUUUAUAAUUAUCCAGAAAACUGAUUAAUAAGUAUGUAGUUUCAGCUGAAUUUACUGAGGUUAUCAAAACAGAUAAAGCUAAAUUAAUUUCUAUAAUUAUUAAUCUAGUUGAAUUUUGUAAAAUUUUACUAUCAAUUAUACAUGGAGAUGAUAAAAUUUUAUCAUAAGCCGUACCUUUAGGAUCUCAAAUUUAAAUACAUCUUAAAUAAACUAAACAAUAGAAGAAUUGUAUAAAAAUUAGUAUUACACACCCUAAAUUAUUUAUUUCGCCUUUUGUUAGGGAUCUAUUCGGAGAUAUAGAAACAUCAAUUGAUCAUAAAAAAAGAAAUUGGAGUUCGAAAAACUAUUUUGAAAUGAUUAAUCAACUUAAUUCUACUUUUUAAUAAAUUUAUGAAUAUUACAAAAAAGAACAUAAGUCUACAGGUUUAAUAGAUGAUGAUAUUCAUAAUUUAUUUCACAACUAAAAAUCAAAUUUGAAUUUUAGCGAAGAAUCAAGAGGAUAUAUCCUAUAAAAUCAUGCCCAACCCUAAUUUUAAUUUAAUGUUUUAGGUUAUCCUAUGGCUUAGUAUUUGAUUAGUUAAUUAGGACCAUAGAAUAAGAUAAGGUUUAAGAAUAGAUAUUAAAAUUUAAUUUAAACUCCUUCUUAAUAGAAUAUAAAUACUCAAUAUACAAAAUUGUAAUUUCUUCUAUAUUAAGAUUUAAAUGAUUUUAUAUAUGAGUUAAAUUAGCAUGAAAAACCAAUCCUAGAAACUUAUCAAAAAAAAAAGUUAAGUAAUCAUGAUAUCAGCUAAAAAUUUUACUACGCUUAGUUGGCAUCUUCUCCUAGAAAAUUUGUGUGA